AUGCGCGUUCACGUUAUUAUCGCUGCUCUGUUUUGGUCUGGUCUUGUGGACUCGCGCAAAGUUAGAGGAAUAUCUUCGUCCUACAAAAGGUUCUACAGAGAGAGGAAGUCUUUUUUGUGCAUUGAUGGGUCGAAAAUGAUCCCCUUUGAGCAGGUGAAUGAUGACUACUGCGACUGCGCAGACGGCUCAGACGAACCAGGCACCUCAGCCUGUCCCCGAGGCCGAUUCUACUGCACCAACCUGGGCUUUCGCCCACACUACAUCCCCUCGUCACGAGUUAAUGACGGCAUUUGUGACUGCUGCGACGCUUCCGAUGAAUACAACAGCCACGCUCGCUGCCAGAACACUUGCUGGAAUCUGGGACAGCGAGAGAGGGCGUACGUGGAGGGCCAGAUGAGGACCUUAGAUGAGGGUUUGCGUCUCAAACAGCAGCUGAUUGAGGAGGGAGUUCUGCUCUGGAGGGAGAAACAGGCCCAGCUCAGAGAGCUCCAGCAGGUUGCCGAAGACCUCCAGGUCAAAUUAGAGGAACACAGAUGGAAGAAAAAUGAGGCUGACCGUCGCAAAGAGCAAGCAUUAAAGGCAUCGGAAGCAGAGGACGGUGCUCUCAGACAUCAGAAUGUGUCUGCAACCAGCAUUUUCCAGUUACUUGACAGCAAUAGAGAUGGGAGUAUAUCGGUCAACGAAAUCAAGGCUAAAGUGGUCCUCAUCCACGAUGAGCAGCGAGUUCUCUCCGAGGAUGAAGCACUGAGGAAGUGGAAAUCCCUCGAUUUAUAA